AAUCGUCUGCCAACGCGGCUUCUAACGGAAUUACGGAGAUCCCGCUCCGCCGUGUGGUUUUGUUUUGUAUAAAAGAGGAUCGACCGUUUUCUAGAAAAUCGUUUUCAUUGUUGGAAGAUUGUUGACGUUUCGAUUUGUUUUUGCUUACAAGACGCGAAAGAUAAAGAAAACUUUGAAAAAGAUGCCAUUUCGAACAAAAAUGCUUAUUCAGUGUUCUCUUUUUGCCAUUCUUCAUACAGUAACCGAAGGGAAGUGCAUCUUCCAGUUCCAUAGUCAGCAGACUGCCCAGGGAAAUUUUUCCUCCCCCCAAUUUCCAGGAAACUACUCUGAAUCUUUGGAAUGCAUCUACAACUUCCAGGGUAAGGAACAUGAAACACUUAAGCUCACUUUUCACGAGUUCGACUUGGAACCGCCCUUCAAAAAAGGGUGCUUGACUGACUAUAUCGAUGUUUCGACUAUCACCAUCAUCGGGAGCAAGUUCCUCGUGGGUCGAUAUUGUGGCGAUGAUAUACCUGCCUCCAUGCUCUUUAUGAACCCUCAUGCGGAGAUCAUCUUCAAGACGAAUCUCGUCAUCCACAGAAAGGGAUUCCACGGAAGCUACCACUUUCAGGAUGAGAAGACAAUCCCUCCUCCACGCUCGACGGGAAACGUGAGCAGUUGCGGAGGUACUGUGACUGGGGUGGGCGGAAUCAUCGCAUCCCCUGGCUUCCCCUACUACUUCCCGAAAGACGUCGACUGCAUCUGGCUGAUCAGAGUUGAUUACCACAUGAAGAUCUAUGUCCGCAUACUCAAGAUGCAACUCUACGGGAGCAUAGCCAACUGUGCGGAAGCGGAGCUGACGUUGUACGACGGCUACUCCAGCAUAUCCUUCAACCCGAAAGUACUGCAGAAAUACUGCGGAGACCUCCGGUACUACAAGAACGUCGAAGAGCAGACACAGCUGUCCUCCAGAAAUAGGCUUUUACUCAGGUUUAAAACUUCUGCAGCUCAGGUUAUGAAAGGAGAAGACUUAGACAAAAAUGCCGUCGGCUUUAAAAUAGUGUGGACAGCUGUGGAUUUUAAAAAAGAAGGUCAAUGUCAAGAGUUUAUUUGCAAAGAGAGCCGGUACUGCUUCAGCUCCCUCGAGAAUUCUUGUGCUGAAAUGAAGAACUACUGCAUUGACAAAUCGCUCGUCUGCAACGGACACCCGAAUUGCGGGAAUGAGGAUUAUACGGAUGAAGAUAAAUGCAAUAUCCCAUUGCUAGCCGGUUGCGGUGCAGCAGGAGGAGUUCUUCUAUUGAGUUUCCUGAUCGGGUUCUGCCUUUAUAGGAGGCACGGGAGUAUCCGUAACUCCCACUCCCAGUCCCUCAACAUGCAACUGCGUCAACUGGAACACAGUCCCUCCUACUCAGGUAGACCCCCCAGCUCUCACUUCUACUAUCCCAGUGAUCCCAACUGCAGCGUCCAUGCCGCCAGUUAUGAGCUCCUGCACACGAAGCCCAUGGCCAGGAUAGAGAAAAGAGUAAUGCGUUGAAAAAAAAAUCAAAAUCAUAUGAAUUCGAAAGCAUAUGCUAUAGAAUUUCACGAGGUAUUCUUAGCAUCGCCAUUCUAUGGAAAAGAUGUUCGAAGGCUUUUCCAAGAAUUGUUGAAAGAACAAAAGAAGAAAAUUAAUAUUUUUUUACUUUUUUCAAACUUGUAUUUAUGAAGAACUGAGAAAGAAAUGAAAAGUCAAAUUCUUUACGCUGCGACAAUAUUUCCUAAGAAGGUUUUUCUUUAAUGGCUGUUAUCAUUCAAAGUGAAACAAUUUCUUGAUCAUAUAUUUAGAUAAAACUAAACACGAAUGUACAAGACUAAUUUUUAAUUAUUCCUUACAAGUAUUGUAAAUGUGUAACU